GCCAUCGAAAUAUUAUGCCUCAGAACAUCCUCUACAAGACACUGCGCGAAGACAAGUACAAGUUUCAGCUCGCUGACUUUGGGUUCGCCAAUGAUUUCCGCCUUGCCACCACCUUCUGCGGCACCCCGUUGUACCAGGCUCCAGAGCUUCAAAGCCACUGGUCUCAGACUCCGAAGGUGGGUAUCUGGCCCCUGUUUGAUACGAUACUCGAGAUCCAUCCAAAGCUCAGAUUUCCACCGCCAGACUUCCGCGGUUAUUCCAUGUCCGAUGUUGCACGAGCGGUUCAGGCCUUUACCAGCUGGGAACCUCAGCUCGAGCCAAUGGCAAGCAUCGACCCAUCGCGCCGAGCGUCCACCGCUCAGAUGCUCGUCAAUUUGUUGAAGGAGAAGCUCGGACCCCAAGCAAUACGCCACGUGCAGCCAACGCCUCGCCAACGCAUCAUCGAAUACCCCCCAAACACGGCGCGCCAACCGCCGGGCCUCACAGCCGGCUCCCUCCCGGGGCCGCUCCAAACCCACGAAACCCCGCGGCCAUUACCACAGCCCACACGGCCCGAGCGGGCGGGCAUCGGUAUCAGGAAAGAGCUGGUUGUGGACCCCGAACCGCAGGGGCGGCUACGCCAGGCAAUCCAGGCGCAAGGAACAGCCGCCACGACCAAGCGACCCCCCAAACUUUUCGACUGCGACCGCUCUACCAUCCCGUAUCCGGUCAACCAUGGGUGGAGCGAUUUGGCGCGUGGGCUUUGGCAGUCCGGUUCUCCAAGUGCAGCGCGACAGACCGGCUUCGUCGAUCAGCUCAAACUUGGUGGCUUCGGCACGGCGGCUCGCUAUAACCACACCCACGGCAAAACGGAGAAGUGGGCAGGCGGCUCGAGACCUUCCGGCGCGAAGGAUGCGAAUAACUCCAAGCCCACGAGAAACGAUCAGGGCACAGUGUGGAGGCCGAAGCCCAGAACCCCUCUCGAUGGGCCCUUGAAAACUGUCGAGUCUGAUGUUGGGAUCGUGUUUUGGAACAGUCGUCAGCUCAGCGUCCGUCUCGCGGGCGAAGGUGACGCCAACCAUGACUUCCCCGUGUCCACCCUCUGGCUGCGCGACUCGUGCCCCUGCCAUCUUUGCGUCGACCCCGACUCUGGCCAAAAGAAUUUUUCGACAACCGACCUUGCGGACGAGCCACAGAUCGAUCAUGCUGAGCUGAACCCUGAUGGCUCUCUCAAGAUAGUCUGGGCGAACGACCACCCGAGCGGGGACAGCCCGCACACCAGUGUUUUCCCUGUCGAAGAUGUGACGGGCUGGUCGAAUGAGCGGCCAUGGCAGAGGGGACGAACCGCCAAAACCCACAACCCCAGCCGUGUCUGCUGGGAUCGGGCCGAGUACGAAGCCCUGCUGGCCGAGGGCCGUUGCCGCGUCAGUUACAAGGACUGGAUGGAGGAUGACGAUGCCUUCUGGAGCGCCCUCACCGACCUGCGCCACACUGGACUGAUUUUCGUCACCGACGUCCCUCAGGACGAGACCGAGGUUCAGCGCAUCGCAAGCCGCAUCGGCCCGCUGCAGUACACCUUCUACGGCUGGACUUGGGACGUCAAGUCGAAGCCGCAGGCGGAAAACGUGGCCUACACGAGCAAAUUCCUGGGCCUGCACCAGGACCUCAUGUACCACGACCCGAUCCCAGGCCUCCAGUUGCUUCACUGCCUCUCGAAUAGCUGCGAGGGUGGCGAGUCGCUGUUCAGCCACGGUAUCCGCGCCGCAUACGAGCUGAAGGUAAAGUCGCCUCACUUCUAUGGUUUCCUGGUAAAGGCCGGGGUUUGGUUUGGCUACCGGAAAGGUGAGCACCACUACCAUGCGCUGCGCAAUACCAUUACAAGAGGGCGAGCCGGCACUCCCAAUGAGACAAACUGGGCGCCGCCGUUCCAGGCACCCUUUCCACCUGGGUUCCCGCGGCUCGAUCGGUGGAAGCGCGCCGCGACCGCUUUCCAGAGAAUCGUCGAAUCCGAGAGCAACAUGGUCGAGGUGAAGCUCAAAGAGGGCGAGUGCGUCAUCUUUGACAACCGCCAGAUUUUGCACGGACGACGGCAGUUCGCCACGGCCGAGGGCAGCCGGUGGCUCAAGGGGGCCUACAUCACGCAGCAAACGUACCUCGCCAAAGUCACUGAACUCGAGGAACUUUGGCUGUCGGCCGGUAUGGAUAUGCCGUGGGAGCGCACAGGGCAAGAGGAGGAGGCACUUAUCAAGGCAUCUCUGGAGGCACGGAAGUCAGCUGCAGGCGGAGCGACACAGGCUCCCUUGGCGUCAGACCAGGUUGCCUAG